AUGGCGCCGAAUAAUUCAAACCCUGGCGAUGAUGAUAAUCCCUCGAACCAGAUCCCGCUACAGGAUCUGUCCAGACCCGAAAACCCCACUGAUGAGCGUGGUAGAGAUCGCGCCAACAGUGCGGGGGCGGGUGUGUUUUCACGACGAUCCCUGAUGAGGCGAGGGUCGCGGAGGCAAUACCAGAGUGUCGCAGAGGAGUCGCCGGUCGACUUAGGAAGCGCAAGCAGGAAUCCAUUCGAAUCAUCCGGUCAUUCUGGCGACGAAGAACCCACUCAUGAGGACCUAGGAGCUCUAGCGCAAGCCAUGUCGUUCGGGAUCACAUUUGACGCGCCGCGAUUAUCCCUCUCUGGCCCAUCAGACCCGCACAGAUUUGACGAUGCCGCUUCUGACCUCGAUGUUGUUCCCCUCGAUAAUUACCAUUCCCGCGAGCCAGAUAAUUACGGUCCCCAGUCAUAUGUCGAAGACGAUACCACACGCCUGACCGAUUCGCGAUACCUUCAACCGAUAAGUGGUGCCCCUGCGUCGGAAGGGCGACCAAGUAGUGAUAUUGGCCUUCACUCUCUAAACUCCCGGGAUGGAUCGCGAUUGGGAGAUGACCUUCCUCAUGUGGAAGACGGCUUGGGCCGGAAUCGCAGUGGUACCCGGUCUCGUUCUCUAUCACCGUCAGCUUCUGGCGGGGCGCUGCAGCGUGCUAGUACGAUGGUGAAAUCCAUGUCACAACGAGUGGUCAACUUGAGUAAUGAACCGGAAGUUGUGCAACAAACUAUUGAAAGGGAGGAGUCUCAGAAAAAUUCACGGCUGGAAGCUCCCCCAGCCCUACCUGCAAUGACUGAAUUUGCCCAUGAUUCCACCCCCAAGCUGCCACCAAGAGAGAAACGGGCAUCCAGGUCGAUGUGGAAAUACCGAAACAAUCCCUUCCGGGGCAGGUCUCUGGGAAUCCUGGGACCAAAUAAUCCUCUUCGACUUUGGCUGUGUGAUAUCCUUGUUAAUUCAUACAUGGAACCUUUUAUUCUGGUAUUCAUUCUUAUUCAAACCAUCCUUUUGAUCGUGGAGUCCUCGAAAUCUGUCUUCGAUCGCCCCGAAGCAGUGAAAUGGGGAAGUUCCCGAUUAGACUAUGUUUUCUUUGCCAUUUUCAUCAUUUAUACCUUGGAAAUUGCGGCCAAGAUCUUGGUCUCGGGCUUUGUGUUCAAUCCACCAGAGUAUAGUACUCUGAAUCGGAACCUGGGCAUCAGAAAGGCGGUAAUAGAGAAGAGCAAAAACCUUGUCAUUCCCCAUCGCGAAAUGACAAAGAAAAAAGUUUCUUUCUUACAAGCCGAUCCGCAGUCCUCUAUCCUGCGGACUUUUACUGGGAUGAACGGACUAGAGGAUGCGCAAUCUCAGGAUGAUCCGCUCCAGAAGCGCCGUGUCCGACUUGCUCAUCGCGCAUUUCUCCGACACUCUUUUAAUCGAUUGGAUUUUGUGGCGCUGGUUGCCUACUGGGUCUCCUUUGCUCUCUCCUUACAGGGCGUGGAGGUAGCUCACCAACUUUACAUCUUUCGCAUGCUCAGCUGUCUUCGAAUUCUGCGGCUUCUUUCCCUUACCAAUGGUACCUCGGUGAUUCUUCGAAGUCUCAAACGAGCUGCGCCUCUUCUGGUACAUGUUGCAUUUCUAAUUGGCUUCUUUUGGCUCCUGUUUGCUAUCGUGGGUAUACAAAGUUUCAAGUCCAGUCUGCGAAGAACUUGCGUUUGGAUUGAUCCUGAAGGCCAGGCAAACUAUACUUCAAAUGACGCUUAUGGCACACUUCAAUUCUGUGGUGGAUAUCUCAACGGUACAACAGGCAAAGACAUGCCGUGGCUGGAUGCUUCUGGUUCUCCGCAGGGCUCUUCAGCUAAAGGCUACAUAUGUCCCAUUGGCUCCCUCUGUGUUGAAGGUACAAAUCCUUACAACGGGACUGUAAGCUUUGACAAUAUCCUUCAGUCGCUGGAGCUGGUCUUUGUCAUCAUGAGUUCUAAUACCUUCACCGAUCUGCUCUACUAUACCACCGACAGUGACUUUCUCGCCUCCGCGCUAUUCUUUGCUUUCGGCCUGGUUAUUUUGAGUCUGUGGCUGGUCAACUUACUCGUCGCCGUCAUCACCCAUUCUUUUCAAGUUAUUCGUGAGGAGAGCAAACGCAGUGCCUUUGCUGUUCAAAAGAUCGAUAACGUUGAAGAAGACGACACCACGAUGCAAAAAGUCAGUACAAUCAAGUGGUUUUACGAUAAAACAGAGCUGUUUUGGGUUCUUAUAAUCGUCUACGACCUCGUAAUCCAGGCUCUGCGAAGUUCCACCAUGAGCAGUGAACGGCGUCGAUUCAUCGACAACACAGAACUGGUCUGUACCCUCAUCUUCCUUCUCGAGAUCAUCAUUCGUUUCAUAUCAGAUUGGCGUGUGUUUCACCGAAAGCGCCGAAACUGGUUUGAUCUCCUCCUUGUUGUUGUCACUUGCAUUAUCCAGAUACCCGUGAUCAAGAACUCGGGGCGUCCUUAUACUGUUAUGACAAUGUUCCAGAUUCUUCGGGUAUACCGAGUUGUUAUGGCAAUCCCAGUCACCAGGAAGCUUAUCAUGGUCGUAUUUCGAAAUGUCAUUGGUCUGCUCAACUUGAUAUUCUUCCUUUUCUUGAUGACAUUCCUUGCUUCGAUUUUCGCUACCCAGCUCUUUCGCAGCCAGAUUCCUUCGGAAGAUCCCGACGGAAACUCGAUUGCUAUUACCUUCGCUGAUAUCUAUAACUCAUUCCUGGGAAUGUAUCAAAUCUUGUCAAGCGAGAACUGGACAACCAUUCUGUACAACGUUACCGCUUACACGACUCACUUCAACACGGCUUGGAUUUCGGCCUCCUUCAUCAUUCUAUGGUUCAUUGUCGCCAAUUUCAUCAUUUUGAACAUGUUCAUUGCUGUCAUCCAAGAAAGCUUUGAUGUGUCCGAGGAUGAGAAGCGUCUCCAACAGGUUCGAGCGUUCCUGGAACAGAAGCAUAUUGGGCAGGCCACUCAAGGAAACCUUGCCCUUUCAAAGAUCCUUCGGUUGGGCCGAGACUCGGACCGCUAUAAGGAUCCAUUAGAUCAUGGACCUGCCGCAUUGGAAAUGCUUUUGAAGGAUGCGGUGGUUCGCGAGUUCUUGGAUGAAGAGGAUGAGAAACAAUUGCAGAAAGAAGAGAGCCAGCGCCGCGAGGGCGAGAUCACUGCUGAAGCGGCUGAGGCGGCUGUCGAAGCUGCAGAGGUUUCCCAGCCUGGCUUUGUCUCGCAAGCAAUGGCCAAAGCGAAUGCUUUGAUUAUGGGUCGAGAACCAAAUCCAUUCUACUCGAAACUCAAGUUUUCUCGGGCGUAUGAGGAGUUGGAUCCUAGAACCAUGGCUAAAGAAGUGGUCUCCGCAGCCGAAGCACGGAAACGAGCGCAACGAGAGUAUCUUAUCAAGCAUCCUAACUACAACAAAUCGCUGUAUCUUUUCCAGCCAAAUAAUCCCAUUCGAAAGCUUUGUCAACGAAUUGUCGGACCAGGGCGUGGCAACCAGCGAGUUGAAGGCGUGGAUCCUUACAAGCCUGUCUGGUAUACGUUCUCCGCUCUCAUUUAUGCAGCCAUUGUGGCCAUGGUGCUUCUGGCAUGCAUCACUACUCCUCUGUACCAGAGAGCCCAUUUCAGCAAUGACCGCAAUUGGUUUGUUUAUACCGACAUGGGGUUUGCUGUCGUCUUCACCCUGGAGGCUACUAUCAAGGUUAUCGCUGAUGGAUUCUUCUGGACACCCAAUGCAUACUUCCGCAGUUCUUGGGGUUUCAUUGAUGGUAUUGUAUUGAUCACGCUUUGGAUCAACGUCGGAAGUUCAUUGAAGAGAGACUUUAGUAUUUCCCGACCCAUCGGUGCCUUCAAAGCACUGAGAGCUCUGCGCUUGUUAAAUGUCAGUGAUAGUGCCAAGGAUACUUUCCACUCCGUCAUCAUCACGGGAGGAAUGAAAGUCAUUGCUGCCGCAGCAGUUUCGUUGAGUUUCCUGGUCCCUUUCGCCAUCUACGCUACCAAUCUUUUCAGCGAUCAGAUGAUUAGUUGCAACGAUGGUGACUUCUCUGGCAACCUGACUUGGUGUGUCAAUGAAUACCCGAGCUCGCCCUAUAAUUGGGAUGUUAUAGCUCCCAGGGCCGCAGCUAAUUCCUAUUACGACUUUGACAACUUUGGUGACUCCCUUUUCAUUCUCUUCCAGAUUGUCUCUCAAGAAGGUUGGAUCGAUGUCCAGGAAAGCGCAAUGAGCAUUGUUGGAGCCGGUAUACAACCUCAGGAUAAUGCUUCUCCCGCCAACGGCGUCUUUUUCGUCAUAUUCAACCUGCUUGGUGCAGUGUUUGUCUUGACGCUGUUUGUGUCUGUAUUCAUGCGUAACUACACAGAACAGACUGGUGUGGCCUUCUUGACUGCUGAACAGCGGUCCUGGUUGGAACUGCGCAAGCUUCUCCGACAAAUCUCUCCAUCGAAACGAUCUCUCAAUGAACGGAGUGCUGAAUGGCAGCAGUGGUGCUACCGAAUAGCAGUGAAGAAGCAUGGUCGUUGGGCUCGCACUGUGACUGCGACGUUGUGUAUACAUCUGAUUCUUUUGAUGCUGGAGUUCUACCCGGAACCCAAUAGAUGGGAAACAGCUCGAUCGAUCCUGUUUUUCAUCUUCAUGUUUGUCUACUUGGCUAAUGUGGCGAUCCGAUUUAUGGGUCUUGGAUGGCAUCGAUUCAGUCGCAGUUCAUGGGAUCUCUAUUCUCUUAUAGCCGUGCCCGGUGCAUGGAUCACGACUAUUCUGCAUAUUGCAACUUCUCAGCAGGUUGUCCUCGAGCUGAACAAGCUGUUCCUGGUCGCCAUCGCCUUGCUUCUCAUCCCACGGAACAAUCAACUAGACCAGUUAUUCAAGACUGCUGCAGCUAGUUUGCCAGUCAUUGGCAAUCUGUUGGCGACGUGGUUUGUGCUUUUCUUGGUAUUCGGUAUUGCGAUGAACCAAGCUUUCGGCCUCACGAAGUUUGGAAGUAACGAGGAUCACAAUCUGAACUUCCGCGAUGUGCCCAAGUCUCUUAUUCUCCUCUUUCGAUCCAGUUGUGGAGAGGGAUGGAACCAAGUUAUGGAGGAUUUUGCCACGAUGGUAUCUCCUCUUUGCACGUCUGAUAACGAUUUCCUUGAAGAUGACUGCGGUAGUGCCGCCUGGGCCCGAACUCUGUUCAUUGCGUGGAACAUCAUCAGCAUGUACAUCUUUGUCUCGCUGUUUGUUUCACUUAUCUUCGAAAGUUUCUCCUACGUCUAUCAACGCAGCAGCGGGCUGUAUGCUGUUAGUCGCGAGGAGAUCCGCCGCUUCAAACAGGCCUGGUCGACAUAUGAUCCAGAUGGAACAGGAUUCAUCAGUAAAAAGCAAUUCCCACGGUUACUUGGAGAGCUCUCUGGUGUCUUCGAGAUGCGGAUCUACGAUGGUGAAUUUACUGUUGGUGCCAUUCUAGAUCAGUGUCGAACGAACCCGCGCAAUUCCAUGGGCUCUUUCCAUUCCUCGCAUCAUAUGCGCUCGCGAGAUUCUUUGAAUCCGGUGAUGAACUCUAGCGGAGAAAGUCUCGCGGAUGAGGUUGACCUCCGAGAGUUGAAUCGGAUCAUUAACCGUAUCCCGGUGGAAACGAUUCGCCAGCGACGUCAGCAACUCAACAUCUUCUACGAGGAGGUUCUUGUUUCGGCCGAUCCAGACCGUGGUAUCUCCUUCCACCAAUGUUUGAUGAUCCUUGCCCACUAUAAAGUUAUCAGUGACAGCAAGAGUCUACGUUUGGAAGAAUUUCUCCGUCGCCGAGCACGUCUCCAGCGUGUGGAGGAAGCUGUUCGUCGUAACACUGUCAUUGGAUUCUUCGAUACAUUGUACUGGUCUCGACAAUUCCGCCGAGCCGUCGAACGGAAGAAGAAUGGCCGCAUGGCUGAUGUUCCUCAGUUCACCGUGCCAGAGAUUUACGUUGAGGAUCCUGCAGAUGACUCUGGAGAGGGCGAUGAGCCAAUGCCAUCCGGAACCAUGACACCGAAAACCCAGCCUGAUCUCGACGAUCCAUUUGCGCCUAUGCUUUCUCCUUCCUCCACUUUGCACCGUCGCACCGAGUCCACCCCGACAUCUCGUCGACACGAUCUACCUCGCAUUGAUACUGCUCUAGCAAGCCGGUCGAGUGCUAGCACGCCCACCGACUGGGCUAGUAUUAGUCCGUCACGCACUCCGCGCCAUAUGUAUGGUGAUCGCGGCUCAUUUGAUUCUGGGGAUACUAAUCGAGCCGGGCCGGCGGAUACGGAUCAUUCCCGACAGAAUAGCGCUAUCAGCGCACAAGAUGUGAUGAACACGUUGGAUAACUCUGCCUGGGGUGAGAGUAUUCGACGAAGUUUCACACAUCAACGAUCGAGCGACCGAUCUAAUCGAUCUACUCGGUCUACAGAAAAAGGUUCACCAUAA